AAACACCAAUUUCUCUCUCGCCGCUUCAUCUCUCGCUGCGCCGCCGCCGCCGCCGCCUCUUCUAAGUGUCUUGCUGUCUCUUCUCUGGCCGCUCAGUAAGGUUUUACUGAAGCUUUGCAAGGUUCUAGGGCAGUGAAGGCUUUGUUUUGGGUAGGGGAGUUGAAGGGUUUCUUUGACAUGGAUGUUGAGAUGUAUACCAAUGGUGAAUAUGUCUUUGGCAUCUGCUCUGUCACGCUUUAAUAAGACUAGGGAGGAGAGGGAUCAAUUUAAUGAGUCUAUUAAUCGAAUUUUUUUGCAUUUGAAAGCAAAGGAGGAUGAGCUUUCUAGAUCUGUUGGCUCAUGCAAAGUUGAAGCAAAUAUUGUUCACACAUGGAUCAAUUUCUUAGAUGAUACAUGCCAUCUCCAGUCCUCAAAUUCAGAACUGAAGAAGAAGCAGAUUGAGUAUGCAUGUUUUCUGUUUCUGAUCAAUAAAUAUUGCAAGUAUCAUUUUUUGUGGAAAAAAAUAAUAACAAAAGAUAACAAGUUCCAGAAAGGAAUAGGUGAUUGGAGAUUCUAGUCCAAAAUUUUUGUUUCUGUUUCUUGGUCAAUUUAUCAUGUCUUGGCAAUCACUUUAAUUCAUCAUUUUAUUUUAUUUUAUUUUAUUAUUUUGGGUGCAUUUUCUGAUCAUGAAGUGAUUAGCUAGAAAGAAAUGAAUGCCAUUUUCUGAAGCUGACUAAACAGCACCUUGUUGCAUGCAUGCAAGGUAUUUCUCAUGCUCUUUCAAUUAUCAUGGUGUUUUUGAAGAUGCUGAUUUACAAAUAGUAUUAUCCAUCUAUUUCCAUUUGAAUUUGCUAAAUCUUUGUGAUUCUGUUCUGUUGCUUCAUAGGAAGAGUUGGGACAGUCUAUCAGUGGGAACAGGACAUUUGUGGAUAAUCUGACAUUGAUGGAGAGGAUGUCAGAGGAGAUGCAACCAGAUGUAGGCAGUGCGGUAGAAACAAAUCCACAGGAAUUUUUUGAGGAAAAAUAUUUGGAAACUGAGACCAAGAUGCUAGUUUUUGCCCUGACAGGACCUCAAAAUGAAGUAUAAGAGGCAGAACAAUUUCAAGUUGAGUUCCAAUAUUUUUGGGAGGAUAUGGUUUUCCAUGCGGAUGUUUCUCUUCAAUGUGCUCUCUUUUGGUCCUAUGCCUGCACACAUCGCUUUCAUUAUGGACGGAAAUCGCCGAUAUUCAAAGAAACAUAAUUCCAAAGAAGACACUGGACACAGUGCUGGCUUCUCUUCUCUAACAUCUACUCUCCAAUACUGUUAUGAAUUGGGUGUGAAGUAUGUGACUGUCUAUGCCUUCAGUAUUGACAACUUCAAACGAAAGCCGGAUGAAGUCCGAUCCUUAAUGAAUCUUCUGAAAGAGAAGAUUGAUGAGUUGUUAGAGGAAACCAGCGUGGUCAACGAGUACGAUAUCAGAGUGAAUUUUUGGGGCGAGUUAAAUCUAUUGACUGAACCUGUGAGGUUAGCAGCUAAAAAGGCAAUGACAGUCACCGGCAAGAAUACGGGGCCUGUGCUUUCAGUUUGUGUUGCUUAUACUUCUACUCAUGAGAUUCUGCAUGCUGUUCAAGAAUCUUGUGCUAAUGUGAAUAAAAUGCUUGCUGUAAGGUAUUCUAAUGAAUGUAUUAAUUCCGCAGAAGGCUUGGUUUCGGUGGCAGAUUUGGAGCAGCAUUUGUACAGUGUUUCUUGCCCGGAACCUGAUAUUGUCGUUAGGACAUCGGGAGAGUCUCGCUUAAGUAAUUUUCUUCUGUGGCAGACGCCGUAUUGUCACUUGCAAAAUCCGGGUGCUUUGUGGCCGGAAUUCUCUCUUAGGCAUCUGGUAUGGUCUAUUUUGCAGUAUCAGAGAGCCUAUUCUUCCUUGCAUGCAAAACGAAUGAGGAGCAAGAAAAAAUAUUGAUGUUUUGCUUCGAGUUCUUUUCCGGCAUGAAAAACAAUACUUGUGAUGCUUGUGAUACGAUUUUUUAAUUUUUUCUAUGAAUGAAGAUUUUGAAGCAUU